AAAAGAUAAGCCCUUUAUAGAACAAAACAAAAGUAGAUGGAAUCCAUGCAUAUGUUUCUAUUUUGUAACUGUUGAUUCCUCCUGAAUCCGUGUCACGUGCUUGAGUUGAAUGGUCCCAAAAUUUGACACUUACUACGUUAUAAAAAGGCCUUGUGGAGAUGCAUUUUCCGUUCAGAUCCACAUUGUCCUUCUCUUUUCCUAGAUCUUUAUUUCUCUUCUCUUUCCUACAACAACCUUCAUUCAAAGUUAGUAGCAGCUUUCACACAACAAUAACAAGAAGGAUCCCAUUUCUCUCAACCAUGGCUCCUCCUUCUAUUUUAAGGGACACUGAAGAUGGUUCUGAAAGUGAUAUGGGUGAAAAUUAUGCUGACAUCAAUUGGGAAGGACUUAGUUUUAGUCUGACUCAAACAGAUUACAUGCAUGUCAUGAAAUGCACAAAAGGAGAAAAGUUUUCUCAAGGAUCCCUCAUUCGCUACGGAAACAUUGAGAUAAGCCCGGCUGCUGGUAUCAUAAACUAUGGACAGGGAAUCUUCGAGGGACUAAAAGCAUAUAGAACAGAAGAUGGGCGAAUCCUUCUUUUCCGACCGGAGGAGAAUGCUCUACGCAUGAAGAUGGGGGCUGAUAGGUUGUGUAUGCCGUCACCAUCGGUUGAGCAGUUUGUUGAUGCUGUUAAGCAAACAGUUCUUGCCAAUAAACGUUGGGUACCUCCUCCAGGGAAAGGGACGCUUUAUCUUAGGCCUUUGCUGAUGGGAACAGGAGCUGCAUUAGGCCUGGCUCCAUCACCUGAGUACACAUUUCUCAUUUAUUGCUCCCCUGUUGGAAAGUAUCACGAGGGAGGAAGACUAAACUUAAAAGUGGAGGAUAAAUUUCAUCGAUCAAUAGCUGGCAGCGGUGGAACAGGAGGAAUCAAGAGUGUUACUAAUUAUGCCCCAAUAUAUACUGCAGUAACUGAAGCAAAAGCCAAUGGAUUUUCUGAUGUCUUGUUCUUGGAUUCAGCAACUGGUAAAAAUAUUGAGGAGGCUACUGCGUGCAAUAUAUUUGUUGUGAAGGAAAAUGAUAUCUUCACUCCGGCAAUAGAUGGAUCUAUUCUGCCUGGGGUCACACGAAAAUCCAUCAUAGACAUUGCCAUUGAUUUGGGUUAUAAGGUCAUAGAACGUUCCAUAUCAGUGGAGGAAAUGAUGAGCGCUGAUGAAGUGUUCUGCACAGGAACUGCAGUGGUUGUUACCUCUGUUGCAUCUGUAACAUAUAAGGAAACAAGAGCUGAAUAUAAAACAGGCGCAGAAACGUUGUCUCAAAAACUACAAGGAAUACUGGUUGGAAUACAAACAGGGUGUAUUGAGGACAAAAAGUCAUGGACAGUCCAAGUAGAUUGAGAAAUUGACAUCACCUUGUUAAAUGAUAAUACUUGUCUGUCAUUUUUAUUCCUAAUAACCAAUGGUAUGUUUGGAUUUCAGUUGCAAACAUACAGGUAGAGGUAGUCUAGAGAUAUGUUUAGAAAAAUAAAAUUCUGAACAUGCCAAGUCCAAAUUUUCAUUUAUAAUAAACCAAACUUAUUAAAGCAAGUUAUUUGCUGCAACUUUUGUGUGAAUCUGCUUUGUGUGGUAGUAAAGUAACUAUGAGAGAUUAGUUUUUCCGCUGUA